GGCUGGGCGCGCAGGAGUCCCCGGGGGGCGGAGUCUAAACCGCGCCGCCCCGUCGCUCCCUUUCCAUUGGGGCAGGCGGCGGCCUGAGAUGGCUGGAGAGGGCAGAAGGCGGAGGUGAGCCGGCCGCCCCCUCGCCGAGGACUCCGCGCCGCCUUCUCCUUCGGCCGCUCGGCGCCUUCCAUGGUGCGCGGUUGGCCUCCGGCGCGCGCCCGCCCCCUCUCGAGCCAUGUCGGCGGGCCAGGACGAGAGCUCCGUGCGGGUGGCCGUCAGAAUCAGACCUCAGCUGGCCAAAGAGAAGAUUGAAGGAUGCCACAUCUGCACAUCUGUCACACCUGGCGAGCCUCAAGUGUUCCUGGGAAAAGAUAAGGCCUUCACAUUUGAUUAUGUGUUUGAUAUUGAAUCCCGGCAAGAAGAGAUCUACAUACAUUGCAUAGAGAAAUUGAUUGAAGGCUGUUUUGAAGGAUACAAUGCUACUGUGUUUGCUUAUGGUCAGACAGGAGCUGGCAAAACAUAUACCAUGGGAACUGGGUUUGAUGUUAACAUAAUGGAAGAAGAACAGGGCAUUAUACCACGUGCUGUAAAACACCUUUUCAAAUGUAUUGAUGAAAAAAGGCAUUCUGCCAUUAAACAAGCGGUUCCUCCUCCAGAAUUUAAAGUGAAUGCUCAAUUCUUAGAGCUCUACAAUGAAGAAGUGCUUGAUCUCUUUGACACAACACGUGAUAUUGAUUCAAAAAACAAAAAAUCAAAUAUCAAAAUCCAUGAAGAUUCUGCAGGAGGAAUAUACACAGUGGGAGUCACGACACGGUCUGUUAGUACAGAGGCAGAGAUGAUGCAGUGUUUGAAGCUGGGCGCUUUAUCUCGAACCACUGCCAGCACUCAGAUGAAUGUUCAGAGCUCCCGUUCUCAUGCUAUCUUCACUGUCCACUUGUGUCAGACUAGAAUUUGUUCUCCAGUUGAUGCAGACAAUAUGACAGAUAACCGAAUAAUCUCAGAGUCAUCUCAGCUGAAUGAGUUUGAAACUCUUACUGCUAAGUUCCAUUUUGUGGAUUUGGCAGGGUCUGAACGAUUAAAGCGUACUGGAGCUACCGGAGAGAGAGCGAAAGAAGGCAUUUCCAUCAACUGUGGGCUAUUGGCGUUGGGCAACGUAAUAAGUGCAUUAGGAGAUAAGAGCAAGAAAGCAACCCACGUACCGUAUAGAGAUUCCAAAUUAACCCGGCUCCUACAAGACUCUCUUGGAGGCAACAGCCAAACAGUCAUGAUAGCAUGCGUGAGCCCUUCAGACAGAGAUUUUAUGGAAACUUUGAACACUUUAAAGUAUGCAAAUCGGGCACGUAACAUCAAGAAUAAGGUGAUGGUUAACCAGGACAGGGCUAGCCAGCAAAUUAAUGCUCUGCGAAGUGAGAUUACUCGACUUCAGAUGGAGCUCAUGGAAUACAAAACGGGUAAAAGGAUAAUUGACGAGGAAGGUGUGGAAAGUAUUAAUGACAUGUUCCAUGAAAAUGCCAUGCUACAAACGGAAAAUAACAACUUGCGAGUAAGGAUCAAGGCCAUGCAAGAGACCGCUGAUGUCCUGAAAGCCCGAAUCACACAACUUGAGAGCGAUCGGGCCAACCAGGUCCUUGCCAGAGCAGGAGAAGGAAAUGAAGAAAUUAGUAACAUGAUUCACAACUACAUCAAAGAAAUUGAGGAUCUCAGGGCAAAACUUCUUGAGAGCGAAGCCGUGAAUGAAAACCUUCGGCGCAGCUUGUCGAGAGCUUCAACGAGGUCAGCGUACUUUGGUGGUCCCUCGGCAUUUUCUGCUUCAAUGCUUCCUUCGGAAAAAGAGACAAUUGAGAUCCUUGAUAUAGCAAAGAAAGAUUUAGAAAAACUGAAGAAAAAAGAAAAAAAGAAGAAAAAGAGGCUGCAGAAACUUGAGGAAAGCAGUCAAGAAGAACGAAGUGUUGUUAAAGAUGAGAACACAGAUAACGAGCAGGAGAAGAAGGAUGAGAGAGACAUUUCUGAAAGAGAGAACCAUGAAUUAGAAGCAGAAGAAAGUCAGGAGCCCAGUGACCAUGAAGAGGAAGAGGAAGAUGAAGACGAAGAGGAUGAUGACAUGGAAGGUGUUGAAAGCUCAGAUGAAUCAGAUUCCGAUUCAGAUGAAAAAGCGAAUUAUCAGGCAGAUUUAGCAAACAUCACAUGUGAAAUUGCCAUAAAGCAGAAACUUAUAGAUGAGCUAGAGAACAGCCAAAGGAGGCUUCAGACGCUGAAAAGACAAUAUGAGGAGAAGCUUAUGAUGCUGCAGCAUAAGAUCAGAGAUACGCAGCUUGAAAGAGAUCAAGUGCUUCAAAACUUGGGUUCAGUGGAAUCCUGCUCAGAAGAAAAGGCAAAGAAGGUUAAAACUGAAUAUGAAAAGAAACUCCAGUCCAUGAAUAAAGAGCUGCAGAGGUUGCAGGCUGCACAGAAAGAACAUGCACGAUUGCUUAAGAACCAGUCUCAGUACGAAAAGCAAUUGAAAAAGUUGCAGCAGGAUGUGGCAGAAAUGAAGAAAACAAAGGUUCGCCUGAUGAAGCAAAUGAAGGAAGAGCAAGAAAAAGCAAGAAUGAAUGAAUCUAGAAGAAAUAGAGAAAUUGCACAACUGAAAAAGGAGCAAAGGAAAAGAGAGCAUCAAUUCAAGCUUUUGGAGGCUCAGAAGAGGAAUCAAGAAGUCAUUCUGCGUCGCAAAACAGAAGAGGUUACCGCACUUCGACGCCAGGCAAGACCUUUAUCUGAUAAAGUGAGUGGGAGGGUGAGUCGGAAGCUGAGUUUGCCGGAACACCCAAAUCAAGAACAGUAUUCCAGUGUGUCAUCAAUAGAGAAUGAAGGAUCAAGAGCAUCAUCACAACAGAAGAUGCGCAUACCUGUAGCCAGGGUCCAAGCAAUACCAGCAACCACAACCAAUGGAACUAGGAGCAAGUAUCAAAGAAAAACAAUGACCACAAGAAUUUAUUCAUCCAAGGCAGCCCGAAUGAAGUGGCAAUUACUUGAACGCAGAAUCACUGAAAUAAUUAUGCAGAAAAUGACCAUAUCCAACAUGGAGACAGAUAUGAAUAGAUUACUUAAGCAACGUGAAGAACUUACAAAGAGGAAAGAGAAGCUUUCGAAAAGGAGGGAGAGAGUAAUCAAAGAAGGUGGUCUGGAUGCUGAUAAAAAUGUUCACAACAUCAGUGAAGAAAUGGAGUCACUGACAGCAAAUAUAGAUUACAUCAAUGACAGUAUUUCUGACUGUCAAGCAAAUAUCAUGCAGAUGGAGGAAGCAAAGGAGGAAGGAGAGACUCUAGAUGUCACAGCUGUGAUCAGUGCCUGCACUCUGACAGAAGCUCGAUAUUUACUUGAUCAUUUUCUUACCAUGGGCAUUAAUAAGGGUCUCCAGGCAGCCCAAAAGGAAGCCCAGAUCAAAGUUCUUGAAGGACGCCUUAAGCAAACAGAGAUCACAAGCGCUACCCAAAACCAGUUACUGUUUCACAUGUUGAAAGAGAAGGCAGAACUGAAUCCUGAAUUGGAUGCCUUGUUGGGCCACGCUUUGCAAGGUAAUUCAGACCUAGAUAGUGUACCACUGGAGAAUGUGGAAGACAGUACAGAUGAAGAUGCUCCAUUGAACAGCCCUGGGGCCGAAGGAAGUUCUUUGUCUUCUGACCUCAUGAAGCUUUGUGGAGACGUUAAGCCUAAAAAUAAGGCACGACGUAGAACUACAACCCAGAUGGAAUUGCUUUAUGCUGACAGCAGUGAUUUAACCUCUGUUACCAGCACAGGGGACAUGGCUUUGGCUGGCUCACUUGCAUCCAUGGCAGAAGCUCAGGAAGGUGCAUUGAGCACUGAUAUGAGAGAGUCUAAGGAUAGAGAGGUUGCUCCUUCUCCAUCAAGCUUACCUUCUAAGAUUGGCAGCAUGUCGAGACAGUCGUCUCUGACAGAAAAGAAAAUCCCAGAACCUUCGCCAUUAUCGAAGAGAAAGACCUUAGAGAAAUCUUCUGACAAACCAAAGUCAAAAGAGCAAAAACACUCAGAUUCUGGAACUUCAGAAGCUAGCCUCUCACCUCCUUGUUCCCCACCAAGCCGGCCCCGUAAUGAACUGAAUGUUUUUAGCCGUCUUACUGUUUCUCAGGGAAAUACAUCAGUUCAGCAGGAUAAGUCUGAUGAAAGUGAUUCCUCUCUGUCGGAGGUACACAGAGGCAUAAUCAACUCAUUCCCUCCUUCAAAGUGUGUCAGAUCUUCCUCACUUCAGUGUAUCCAUAUUGCUGAAGGUCACACUAAGGCUGUGCUUUGUGUUGAUUCAACUGAUGAUCUCCUCUUCACUGGAUCAAAAGAUCGCACUUGCAAAGUAUGGAAUUUGGUGACUGGACAGGAAAUAAUGUCUUUGGGUGGCCAUCCAAAUAACGUCGUUUCUGUAAAAUACUGUAAUUAUACCAGCCUGGUCUUCACAGUCUCAACGUCUUAUAUUAAGCUGUGGGACAUCCGAGAUUCUGCCAAGUGUAUCCGAACACUAACGUCUUCAGGCCAAGUGAUGCCCGGUGAUGCCUGCUCUGGAAGUACUAAUAGGACGGUGACCAUUCCAGCUGGGGAAAACCAGAUAAACCAGAUAGCCCUAAACCCAACUGGAACUUUUCUCUAUGCAGCUGCUGGAAAUGCAGUGAGAAUGUGGGACCUGAAAAGGUUUCAGUCUACAGGAAAAUUAACUGGACACCUGGGCCCUGUCAUGUGCCUUACUGUAGACAGCAUGUCCAAUGGACAGGAUCUCAUCAUUACUGGCUCAAAAGACCACUAUAUAAAGAUGUUUGAUGUCACUGAAGGAGCACUUGGGACAGUAAAUCCUACACACAACUUCGAGCCUCCACAUUAUGAUGGCAUUGAAGCUCUUACUAUUAUGGGCGACAACCUGUUUAGCGGAUCCAGAGAUAAUGGCAUUAAAAAGUGGGAUUUGGCACAAAAAGACCUCAUUCAGCAAGUUCCUAAUGCCCACAAAGACUGGGUGUGUGCUCUGGGUCUAGUGCCCGGUUCCCCUGUCCUUCUCAGUGGCUGCCGUGGAGGCAUACUGAAGCUUUGGAAUGUAGAUACCUUUGCCCCAAUAAGCGAGUUGAAAGGGCAUGAUAGUCCCAUCAAUGCCAUCUGCACCAACUCCAGCCAGAUCUUCACGGCGUCAGAUGAUUGGACUGUCAGGAUCUGGAAAGCUCCCAACAGUCUGGAUGGCCAGAUCUCAGAUCCUGGAGAUACGAGCGAAGAUGUUGCUAGUAAUUAAACCUGAGUUCCAACAUACUACAACUCAAGCUAUGGUGAUAGAUGGUGUGUGUUCUUCCUGAAAGCUGCUUUGUUGGGGAAAGAAAACUGGAAGAUACAGCUCAUCUCAACUGUUAAGUGUAUUGUAUUCUGCUAAAACUGCUGCCCUUAAGAGCUGUCCCUAUGUACUGUAUUUUAAAACACUAGUCUGUUGGUGAUGUAUGCUUGUCUCACAUAUAAUGGCUGGAAUUGUGUGUACAUGUAAGUCUUGUAAGUUAAACAAAUUGGAUGUCUGUUGAUUUGAAUGGCAGUUUUUAAAACUAACUGGACAAUAUGAAACACAUACCUCACUCUCUAACCCCUUCUUUCAGCCAAACUUCAUCUCAUGGUUGUAUGGAAUGUUGUUGUAUUUGUUGCCUCCUUUCCUUGGCCUUCAGUAGAAGAAAAUUGGGACUUCUAUAAAGUUUACUUUUUGUUUUGCUGCCGUUGGAAAUGUUAAGACUGGAGAGGAGGGGGGAACCUUUGAGACAGAUUACUGACCUGACUACGUUGUGGUAACAAGAAUGCCGUAGGACCUCUGUUAACUUUUAGCAUGUAUUCUUGUUGACCAAAGUUGUGAAGCUACCAAUACUCUGUGCUCAGGACUAGAACUAAAAAUGUAAUUGAAUUGCUGUUAAAUUCUGAUUAGUGCUUUGGCUAUGAUAGUACUCUUAACACCCUUACAAAAAAAACCCCAAAACAAAUACAAAACCCCUUUAAUCUGUUUCUCUUAGGAACAAAAACAACUCGGGUGUUUUUGUUUAACACAAACACUGUAAACAGCAAGAGGUCCUUGCUUUUAAUCUAAUUCGAUAAUGCUGCUAAAUAUCUUUUAAAAUGUUUUGCUGAUGAGCCUUGGCAGUUACUUAAAGGAACCGUACCACCCGUGUCAACAAAGGCUGUGUAAAUACAUAGGUUGUAAAAAGAGACUCUCCUAACAGUGUGCCUGCCUGGGUUUUUAAAAUGCUGUUGUAGAGUGUGGAUAUUGAGCAAGAGGGUUGUAUAAUUUAUCGAGCUUUUUGGGGACGUUAAUUUGUAAAUUCAGCAAGUUUUAAAAGUUUAUAAUGGAUUCAGGAACAGUGUUGAAUUAUUUUCUUGGGUUUUGCCGGCAGAAAAUAUGAGCCUAAAAAUGUACAGCUUGUCGUAGUUUAUGCUUAAAUUAAAGAAGAGUUAAUGUAAAA